ACAAAAAGCAUGCACCAUCGAGUUACGAGUCUGCCUUAUUUCAAACCCUUCAAAAAUCCCAGAUUCUCCGAUCUCCGAUACAAGUGUUUUGAAAAGUUAAUUAAGUUAAUUAGUUAGUUAGUUAGUUAAUGUGAAAAAUUAAUUAAAACAUAUUUCGUAAUUGCUUGCUUAAUUUACAGCCUGUUGUUGUCCUACUGACCCCUGGUCAAGGAACGAAGAUUUUAGCAAGAUGAGUUAUUCAGAGAGCGAAAGAAAGUUGACAAAUGACGACUUCCGAAAGCUGUUUAUGACCCCGAGACACCCUGGUGAUGGGGGUCCAAACAGUCGUAGUGAUUCCACGAUGCCACCACCUGGAACUGUCCCUUCAUCCGUUAAGAAGCACGUGGACAAGGAAAAGUUUGACAAGAGGAAGAAGAAGAAACAAUUCUACUCCAAGAUCAAAAAGGAGGAGGACGACGCGAUGGAGGAGCUGGCCAAAAAGUACAGAGAUCGUGCCAAAGAGCGGAGAGAAGGAGUCAACCCUGACCAACUUCAACAACGGGAAUCCGAACUGCUCACAAGUCAGGGGGCCUACAGGGCUGUGGCACCUGAUUUCAGAGGAAAUGUUGACGCCGCAGAGAGAAGGAAACAAAUGAUCCAAGAGUCAAAGUUUUUGGGAGGAGAUAUGGAGCACACUCAUUUAGUAAAGGGGUUGGACUACGCUCUGCUUCAGAAGGUGAAAAGUGAAACGGUUGCUGACAUGGAAGAAGGGGACGAAGAAGACGUAGUGGAACCUGAAAGCGAGGAGACUAAGGAAAAAGUGGUGGAGAAAAAAGAGAAGCCAGCUCCCACAACUGUAUCAACAGAUAUCGAAUCCACGUUUAGGACAAAGCUUGCAAAAAAUAUUCACAGGGUUUUAUUCAAAACUGCAGUACCAGAUCGGAACGAGCUCUUUAUUCCUGGUCGGAUGGCAUAUGUCAUGGAUCUGGAGGAAGAAUAUGCGGAAAGUGAUAUUCCUACAACUCUCAUCCGAAGUAAAGCUGAUUGCCCAUUGGCCGAGGGACAAGCGACGCUUACGACAAACGACAUCGUGAUCAACAAAUUAGCACAAAUCCUUUCCUAUCUUCGACAAGGAACGAAAUCAUCCAAGAAGCAUAGAAAAAACAAGGAUAGUAAGACUAGUCGUCCUGAAGAGAAGGUGGUUCCCAUCUCAUCUUCAAGGAAAACUGAGGAGGACAGCAUUUACGGAGAUAUUGGUGACUAUGUUCCAGCAAUAGAAAAAUCUUCAAAGCACAAGGAUAGAGAACGAGGGGAUCGAGAUAGGAGACGAGAAGACAAAGAACAUCGUGCUUCAAAGAAAGCUCCUUAUUUUGAGAAACCAGCAGAUGACGAGGACCGUGGAUUAGUUCUGGAGCAAGCAAAUCAAAUGGUAGACCAAACUUUACGAAAGCGUGAUAGAGAAGCUUGGAAUGAGGUCGAUGGCCCGCAAGGGGGAGAUCAGACGUUCGGCUCUAUACUCAAAAAGGACGAGAAAACAAUGUCCCGUACACAAAAGCUGCUGUCAAAAAUUAAUUCCCAGCCUGAGGGUUACGCUGAGUGUUAUCCUGGAUUUGACGAAAUGCACGACGCAAUGGAUGACUCUGAUGAGGAAACCGAUUAUUCUAAAAUGGACCCAGGCAAAAAGAAGGGGAAUGUUGGCAGGUGGGAUUUUGACUCUGUGGAAGAAUAUGGAGAGUAUAUGAGCAAUAAAGAAGCGUUGCCCAAGGCCGCAUUCCAAUUUGGUGUCAAAAUGAACGAUGGGCGUAAAACACGAAAGGUUGCAAAAACCGAUAAGCAAGAGAAGCAACAACUGGAUAGACAGUGGCAGCAGAUUCAGGGAAUUAUCGAAAAAAGAAAGGGUGGAGGUACAAGUGGAGGUGGAGGUGGUGAGGGGGAACCCGUGCCAAAAACCCCAAGAGUGUAGCAAUUUCAUGGUCGUCAUUCUCCACAAAAUCGUAAAUAAUAUUAUAUUUACGUUGAUUGAUUUUGACUAUUUGGUGAAUAUUGUAAUUUAUUUAGGUGCAAGUUUGUGCACUGUUUCAUAAUCAUAAAAUACAGAUAUAAUUAUAGCGUAAAAUUUAGUACCAUAAUUUUCAGCACCUAACCGGACACGUAUAUGCAUAUAUGUAUAUCACACCGUUGUAUAUUAUGGCACGCCAACAUUUACUUUUAAUUUUACUUUUAAAUUCACUUUUAUGAUUUCCCAAGUAUCGAUUCUUUUUUAAAUAACGCUGACUGAAAUUAUUGACAUUGUUAUGACUAGUUCACUAGAGAUUCAGGAUUUUGUUGGGUCUUCUUAAAAAUAGAACUAGACGAAAUAUUUAACAAACUGUUGAUUCAUUGUAAUGUGCAGGACGUUGAGUUUUUCUUGUGAAACUGGAAUUAAACAAUUUUCGAUCAAUAUCAA